AUGCUAUCCAGCCUCUCCUUGUUGUUUCUCGCUUUCUGCAGCUGGGGCUUAUGGCAGCUGCUAACUUAUGUCCGCUACCGUAUUACCACGGCGCACCUGAAGCGCAUCCCGGGGCCGCCGGCCGACGCGGCCUCCUUCUGGUUCGGUCACUUGAAGCAGUUCUUCGCGCGCGACGGGGCCGACUUCCAGAGACACGUCGCGAGAGACUAUGGCUCAGUCGUCAAGAUGAGCGGAUUCCUUGGCUCUCCGCUCCUUUACGUCGCUGACCCCAAGGCCCUCCAUACCAUCCUGAUCAAAGAGGAGUUGACUUGGCAUGAGACUCCGGAGUUCAUCGCGACGAAUAGUAUCGUGUUCGGUGCGAACGCGCUGGUCUCAACACUCGGUGCACAUCACAGCCGACAGCGCAAGUUGCUCAACCCCGUUUUCUCCGUCAACCACAUGCGCCACAUGCUCCCUCUCUUCUACAACGUCGUCUACAAGCUCCGCACCGCAAUCGAGUCCCGCGUCGGGAACUCGGGGGAGCCCCGCGACAUAGACAUGCUCGGCUGGAUGAGCCGCACGGCCCUGGAGCUCAUUGGGCAAGGCGGCCUUGGGUACUCCCUCGAUCCGCUCGUACAGGACACCACAAACGCGUAUGGAAAGGCCCUCAAGUCACUCGCUCCGGGACUCCAGUCUCUGAGGCUCUACCGCAAAGUGACGGUCAUCACCCCCAAGAUCGUCCCCGCGUGGCUGCGGCGCGCCGUCGUUGGCAUGUUCCCCCGCGGCACCGCCGUGCACACCCUGAAAGAGAUUGUCGACACCAUGGACUUCCAGUCGCGUGCGAUCUACGAUGCGAAGAAGGCGGCGUUCUACAAGGGCGACGCGGAGGUCGUGAAGCAGAUCUCGGAGGGCAAGGAUAUCAUGAGUAUCCUCAUGCGCGCGAACGCGUUGGCGGACGCAGCGGACAGGCUUUCGGAGGAAGAGGUCGUCGCCCAGAUGUCGAUCCUCAUCUUCGCGGGAAUGGACACAACAUCGAAUGCGCUCUCCCGCAUACUUUACUUGCUUGCACAGCACCCAGAAGUCCAGGAGAAGCUCCGUCAAGAACUCCUGAGUGCCGGUGCCGCUGACGGUAUUCCGUACGACGAGUUGAACCGCCUGCCGUUCUUGGACAGCGUUUGUCGCGAGACCUUGAGGGUCUAUCCACCGGUCACGCUCUUGUUCCGAGCUGCUACGCAAGACACCAUUCUGCCCCUGUCAGAGCCCAUCUACACCACCGAUGGCACGAGGAUGGACGAGAUCCCCGUCGUGAAAGGUUCGCAGGUGAUGCUUGGCUUCCUUGGGUGCAACACCAGCAAGGCAGUUUGGGGCGAGGACGCCCACGAGUGGAAGCCCGAGCGGUGGCUGUCGCCUUUCCCGUCCUCUGUGACGGAAGCUCGCAUCCCAGGUGUCUAUUCUAAUAUCAUGACGUUCCUCGGUGGGAAGAGAGCUUGCAUUGGUUUUAAGUUCUCCGAGAUGGAGAUGAAGGUCGUGCUCUCUGUCCUCCUAACGAAGUUCACAUUCGCGCUGUCCGAUAGACCCAUCGUGUGGAACGUCGCGGCUGUUUCGUACCCAUCUGCCGACACGUACAGCGAGAAGCCUGAGAUGCCUCUGAGAGUGGGGCUCUACAAAGGAACUCAAGUAUAG